GGCCUGCUGCACGUAAACCUCGCAAUAUGGAGACUCCUCAGAGAGUGCAGCGAGUCUGGAAGGCUGUCUGUUUUUAAAAAUAAUUAAUAAUAAUAAUAAUAAUAAUAAUAAACACCCCGCAAGAGCGCUGUAACACAGCCGGAGGAACAAAAUGUGCUGGGGUUAAACCUGCGCGGCUUCUGCCUCGACCGUCUCCCGCCAUGUUCGCCGAGGCCAGUCUGUCCGUCUGGGGAUGGGGGGGCCUGGGAGUCCUGCUUUUCCUCAUCACAUUCGGACCCUUCGCCAUAUUUUAUUUGGCGUUUUAUAUCUUCUGUUUUCUCGGCGGGGGCUUCGUCGUCACGCUUUUAUUCGGAAAGACAAAUUCGGAAAAACACCUAGAGAAAUGUGAACACUCCUACCUACCCCCUACCCCAACAGGCAUAGCAAAGACUUUAGAGGAGCUGAAAAAGGAGACGAGACCCAUAAAAAUCGACCGGCGUCUGACGGGAUCCAACUUCAUAGACGAGCCUCUGCAACAGGUGAUUCAGUUUGCUCUGAGAGACUACAUCCAGUACUGGUAUUACACACUGAGCGAGGAUGAGUCCUUCCUGCUGGAGAUCAGACAGACGGUGCAGAAUGCUCUCGUGCAGUUCUCCACACGGUCCAAAGAGGUGGACUGGCAGCCUUAUUUCACCACCAGACUGGUGGACGACUUUGCCACUCAUCUCCGUGUUUUCAGAAAGGCCCAGGAGAGGCUGAACGAGAGGGAGGACCCUAAACAACGUGAAGCACCAGAGGAGCUGCUGGAUGCGUUUUUUGAGACAGAGGUGGAGUUGGAGAGAAAGAUCUGCAGAGAUGUAGUGUGCACCUCCCAUAAAGAUGAAGAAGGCUUCCUGCGGGAUCUGUGUGAGGUGCUGCUGUAUCUCUUUCUACCUCCUGGAGACUUCCACAACAAGAACAUGAGAUACUUCCUCAGGGAAAUUUUGGCGAGAGGAGUUCUGCUGCCAUUGAUUAACCAACUGAGUGAUCCUGAUUAUAUCAAUCAGUUCAUCAUCUGGAUGAUCCGAGACUCCAGCUGCAACUACGAAGCCUUCAUGAACAUCCUGAAGCUGACGGACAAGCCAGCUGAACUGGAGGCUGUCAAAGACAAAGUACUGGAGGAGCUCCAGUACCUGCGCUCGCUAGAUACCGCAGGAGAUGAUAUCAAUACCAUAAAGAAUCAAAUUAACAGUUUACUGUUUGUGAAAAAAGUCUGUGAAACAAGAAUACAAAGGCUACAAUCAGGAAAGGAAGUCGAUGCUCUGAAGCUUGCGGCAAAUUUCGGCAAGCUGUGUAUAAUCCCACUGGACCAUAUCCUCGUGCACAACAUAGCACUUCAGUUUUUUAUGGACUACAUGCAGCAGAUGGGAGGUCAGGCAGAGCUGUUCUUCUGGCUGACGGUGGAGGGAUACCGGGUGACGGCGCAGCAGCAGCUCGAGGUUCUUCAGAGCUGGCAGAAGGACGGCAGGAAGCAGAGCGGCCAGACCAAGGGCCUGUUAAAAGCCGCUGCGCUCGGCGUCUAUGAGCAGUACCUCUCGGAGAAGGCGUCUCCAAGAGUCCAAGUGGAUCAGGCCUCUGUGGACAGAUUGGCUGAGAAACUCAACAAAGAAGAUCCGACCCCAGAGAUUUUCGAUGACAUCCAGAGAAAGGUGUAUGACAUGAUGUUGAGAGAUGAACGGUUCUACCCGUCGUUUAAGCAGAGUCCUCUAUACGUGCGCAUGCUGGCUGAAUUAGACAUGCUGAAGGAGCCGAGCUACCGGGGAUCAGACGAUGGAGAUGCAGAGUCGUUUAAUGGAUCUCCGACCGGAAGCAUUAACCUGUCGUUGGAUGACCUCGCGAACGCCGCCGCAGACGAGUCUCUGCAGCUACAUGCUUUUAUUUCCGAUACCGGCGUGUGUAACGACCACGGGAAGACCUAUGCUCUCUACGCCAUCACCGUCUUCCGUAAGAACCCAGACGGUAGCGAGGACUGCUGGAAGACCUACCGGCGCUAUAGCGACUUUCAUGACUUCCACAUGCGCAUCACUGAACAGUUUGAGAACCUCAACUCGAUAUUAAAACUUCCUGGGAAGAAAACGUUCAACAACAUGGACAGAGAGUUUCUGGAGAGAAGGAAAAAGGACCUGAACGCUUAUUUGCAACUGCUUCUGAACCCAGAGAUGGUGAAAGCCUGCCCCAUGCUGAUACCCUACGUCCAUGACUUCCUGGAGAACAAGGCAUACAGCAAAGGCAAGGGCGACUUUGCACGAAAGAUGGACACGUUUGUGAACCCUCUGCGUAGCUCUAUGAGGAACAUGUCGAAUGCUGUGAAGUCACUUCCUGACAGCCUCGCUGAAGGAAUGACCAAAGUGUCGGACAACAUGGGACGCAUGUCCGAGAGACUGGGCCAGGACAUCAAACAGUCCAUAUUCAAGGUGCCACCCUUGAUUCAGAAGUCAGACAUCGACCCUGAGCACUGCCGAGUGUCUGCACAGCUGGAUGACAAUGUGGAUGAUAACAUCCCACUGCGCGUGAUGCUGCUGCUGAUGGACGAGGUGUUUGACCUGAAGGAGAGGAACCAGUGGCUACGUAGGAAUAUCAAGAACCUUCUACAGCAGCUCAUUAGAGCCACCUAUGGAGACACUAUCAACAGGAAAAUUGUGGAUCAUGUAGACUUCAUGACGUCUCCAGAACAAGUAGCUGACUACGUCAAGAGGUUUAGAGAUUCCUACUGGCCGAACGGGAUCCUAGCCGAGACGCCGCCACGUCGAGACAAGAGCAUCCGCAUGAGAACCAGAGUAGCAGCUAAGACUAUCCUCCUGGGCAUCAUGCCAGAUGAGCUGAAGCACAUCAUCGGGGCAGAAACCACGCGCAAGGGCAUCCUCCGGGUCUUUGAAAUGUUCCAGCACCAGCAGCUGAACCGCCGUCUGGUCUACGUCUUCCUGGAGGGGUUUCUAGAAACCAUGUUCCCUCAGUACAAGUUUCCCGAGCUGUUCAUCAAGCUGCACUCACGCUCGCCGCGCAUCCACACCUACUCCCAGAAAGUCCGCACCUUACAGAAGAGGUGACGCAGCGGCUCGGGCAACAAGAAAGCACCGCUCACAGAAGAAGGAGGGACCGGCCCACGGUGAGGCUGGAGAAAGACACAGGGCUGGGGGUGUGUGUGUGUGGGUGUGAGUAUGAUGGUGUGUGUAUAUGUCUCUGUGUGUGUGUGUUGUGGAUCACACACCCCAGCCCUCUCAGUCCUUCCUGUUCUUAAGAGAAGCACUGUAUCCACGCGGCUGUAGCAUAGAGGAUUCAUUUUAGCAUUGUGGAGCGUCACCACUAAGAUGCUGCAGUGCCUGACCUGUAACGUCAGCAUUUCAGUAUUUCUAUCUCAUUUUUGUCUUUAUUAUUAUUAUUAUUAUUAUUAUUAUUAUUUUUGGGAGGAAGUUGCAAUGUGGGGUGAUUCCCCGGAGGAUAAAACCUGUGCAAAGGUCAUUGGCGUCAAGACUAAACGAUUUUAAACACCCUUGCGGACGCCGAAAGGAGGGGAGAACUGACACAAGCGCGGCUCUUACUGAGCCGCUUUUUAUCGCGAGCGUAUCCGAGGUAAAGAUUGUUUUUAGGGUCGGAAGGCGGGUUUUAAUCGCACCACACGUCACGUUUUAGCGAGUGAAGUCAUGUCAGAUCCAUGUGAGUGAUUUAAUAACCAAAUAUACACGCAGCACUGACACAGGCCUUCUGAUUAAAAUAGCCAUCACACAACUUGCUGCAACUCGGACAAACGAGAUUCUGGCAGGACACACACACAGACAGGAUUUGGCACUCUGCAGGACUCCAAGCAUACAGCACUAUGCGUUAAAGAAUGUAUCUGUCUCUGGCAAACCUGUCUGUACUCGUCCUUCAUAUUUUUUCUCCCCCACAGUUCCCAUACUGCACAUACAGGAUGUGUACAUGUCUUGAACACUAGUAGGCUUGUAAAGACCCGUGUGUAGCAUUAAGCUGAAGUCAGAAGCGUGUGCCGGUGCCAGUUAGGAAAUCAGCCUUAAUUCUCUACAACCAAAAGAGAUGUGUGCUUUAGACGUAGCUUUCCUCAAACACAGCCACACGUUUUUUUUUUCAGAAACACAUAACAGACAUUCAGACCUAAUCACACUUUUAUUUAGAGAAUAUGUAAUUAAUCUUUUGUGCAAUAUUUUUUUUUUCUUUGCAUGCGUUCGUAUAAUGGUAUAAAACUGAUCUGAUUUUCAGAUUUGAGAUAAAAACAACAACAAAAAAACCAUCAACGAUACAUUCCGUCGUCUCAGAUUUCGUUAAAGACUUGUUUUAAAAGUCUGCGUUUGUUUUCUUUCGUCUCCCGGUGACCAUAGCGCUUCCUCAAUGAUGGAUUUCGUGCGUCGGCGCAUAUGGCAUGUUCUCUCCAGGAGACGAAGCGUUCUGUCAAACCAGCGGAGAUCUCUCUUCGACACACUCCUUCAUCCGGGGUCGAACGUCGUACUGUAUCUGGAACGAGCCGUGCGUCUCCUCCAGGCUUGCUGCAGGACGUCCGGCUCGCUAACCCCCGAAAUCACACGAUCUCCGUGAAUCGAUCAGCACAGUGAACCUGACUAGAGGUUCAAUCUCAUUUAUUUUUUAAACUAAAUAGCACUUAAAAUCGUAAAGAUGAGGGUUUCUCGAUGAAUUUCUUUUCUUUUUCUCCUCCAUACACCAUGCGGUUAUUUUUGUUGUUUUUUUAAGAUCAUUCCAGAUUACUGUAAAAAAAUCUCACCGUUCGAUAUGUGCAGCCUCCUGCGAUCGGUUCAGCUGAUGCUCCACGGCGACGUUUUAACGAGUUAACACACUCCACUUUCACCUAGAACCCGAGUCUGAGGUUCUGUACCGGUGAUGCAGGACAGCUCAGUUCUUGUUGUGUUUUUGUUUUUUCUUUUUAUGUUGGUUAAAUCCCCCGUAUAUCUGAAUCUAUAAUUAUUACCUUGUACAUAUCAGUGUACAGUAUGUGUCAACAGUGUGCCUAAAUGUACUGUCAAUUAUAUUUUCUUAUUUUUCUUUAACAAACAAACAAAAAAAACUAAGUGAAGCUGAAUGUUAUGGUCAGUUGACUGAAAAAAAAAGACUCUAAAAUGGUUUAGAGUGUUUGCAUCCUGCUUCUAAGAUACUCCUUUUGAGCAGCAGAUCUCAGUAUAACACUAAUAAAACUUUGACUAACUCACUGUGCAGUAAAUGGGGUUAUUUCUGAUCUGUGUUUUUUUUUAAAGCUCAAGGCAAAAAUAUAGUUGAGUGCAAACGUUUACCCACCCCUCAGUUAUUAGAUAUUAGAUGUGGAGGCUAGAUUAAUGGAUAACUGGUCAGAAGGUUGUGAGUUCGAAUCCCAGGUCCACCAAAGCUGCCACUGAGCAAGGCCCUUAACACUGAAUUGAAAAAAUGAGAUAAUAAAUGUAAGUCGCUCUGGAUAAGGACGCCAGUGAAAGUCCCAGAAAUGUAAAAAUGUUUAAGAAAUUAAAAUCUUUUCAUUUAUAAAGAUGGAUUUCUCAAAAUCUAUAAACAGGGUAAGCGCUCACCUGAGGUCAGGAUACUGUGGGGAUACUGGGAGACUGUAAAGCUACACACUGGACCAAUACAUAGCUGUGCAUGUGUAGCUUAAUGGACAGGAGAAACUAAAAGUGAUCAGUUUUAUUUUAUUGGGACAGUCAUAGCUUAAGUGGGACAGUGACUAGAUCAUCAAGGUUCAAGCCCCAGCCACGCCAAGCUGCCGCCGUUGGGCCCUUGAGCCAAGGCCCUUAACCCACUCUGCUCCAGGGGUGUUGCAUCAUGGCUCUGACCUCAACCCUCAAGGAUGGGACAUGUAAACAAGGAAUUCACGUGUAUGUGACAAAUAAAGACGACUUGAUUGGCACGCCCAACUCUGGACAGCUGUUUUGCGCUAUCGAAAGUGACCACACGGUGGCGCACCACACUGAGCAUUUACUAUAAAA